CAAGUUUUUUGGACUGUCUAGUCUCAUGUAAGUAGUUACGCUCUAUCGCUACUCUACAGUGCAUGUACUUGGCCUUUUUCAUACAUGUUAACGAGCGUUCGGGGUCCAGACAGAGCGCAUCAUGACAUAGAGCGCAUCAUGACAUUGAUGCCAUGUCGGCAAACUUUCGCGUAUCAGUGAUAUGUCCUCCGCUUAUCAGCAUAUAAUUCCCGGCCUCCAUAAUGAAGCGAUCCAUGAUCCCACGGAUGCGGUGCAGUCGACCGACACCAUGAAGUGUGACACACCCCCAGACCAUGACACUCCCACCACCAUGUUUGACCUUCUUUUUGGUGUAGCGUGGGUCGUUUGCCUCUCCCAGACGUCUCCAGCACCAUUCCCGCCCAUCCGACCCAAAAAUAUUGAACUUAGACUCAUCGGAGAAGAUGACGGCGCGCCAGUCCUCCCCACCCCAAUAACAAUGGUUCUCCGCCCAAUCCAAACGCUUCCGGAUGUGCUCACGCUUGAGCAGAGGCUUGUUCUGCUUAACAAAGGCCCUCAAGCCCUCUGUCUUGAGGCCCUUGCGGACUGUGUCAACGUGAAAAUGGGGGAAGAACUUGCGUUGCAGGUCUGCCGCGUUCUUGGCCUGGCCCGUCGAGAGCAGCUGGACAGCGCGGUGGCAGUCCUUGUCCGUGAAUUGACGUGGGCGACCCGUCUUGGACCCUUUGGCCUCAAAAUCGUUGGUUCCCGCGUAUCGAUGGUUGAUGCGGUUGACCGUCGAGGGUGCAACAUUCUCCUUGUCAGCUACAUCACGAUCGCUCCAGCCCAGGCCCUUGAGGGUAACAAUUGCGGACUUUUUGGCUGGAGUUGUGUCCGAGCGAUCCUUGGGCAUGUCUGUGUCAGGUUUCGUGGUGAACGGUGAUGUGGUUGUGGUAAUUGAGUCGAAA